AUGUCCAAUGACACUGAAGAUUUACAGACACGCUUGCCACCAACAGAGGUUGCCGAGACCGGACCGUGUAACUCCCAUGCUGGUUGCCUCCCUCAAGCCAUUGAUAUCGACGACGAGGGAGAUCUCGUUUUGAUAGUCGGCCAUGAUGAAUGCAUAGAUGAUCUUCGUGUCAACUGCCAGACAGCUUACGAUUUGCACAAGCCCAGAGCUUUCCGCGUUGACUCCAGAGCCAUAGCCAGAGCAUCUCGAGUGUUCAAAAGAAUGCUAUUUGGAGGGUUCGCGGAAUCGCGCAAGCCAGAGAGCGCUGGAGAAAGCUGGGCGGUCAGGCUUCCUGUCGAUACCCCGGGCGCCAUGGAGGUGAUUCUUCGCAUUAUGCAUGGGCAGGUUCAUUUGGUCCCAAUGUUCGACCCCCUAGACAGCAAGCACGGCUCCUCCUCUCUUGUGUACUACAUCACCAUACUGACGGACAAGUACGAUCUGACGACGCUUCUCAGGCCCUGGGCGAACAACUGGCUGCGACUGUUUCCGACGUGUAAGCUCAGCUUGAGGAGAUUCCGGUUCGACACGUACGUUUCCGAGUCUGACCUGGACAACAAUCUGUACUAUAGCCUCAUGGACUGGCUCUGGAUAUCGUGGGAGCUUGGAUCCGACGAGCACUUUCUCUUGGUUUUUCGAUGGCUUGUCUUGCACGCUCGGAUGGACCUCGAGAACGGCCAUCUCACCUUGAAAUGCAGGACGAAGGGUCGCAAAAUGUUCGAGCCAGGGAGCCACGGAUUCUACAACAUUGAGGAGAUCAUAGAAAGGUGCCGAUUAGAAAUCAUCCGACAUAUGCUGCAGCCAUUCCAAGAUUUCUGGGACGCCUUUGAAGAAUUGGAAGCACCCCAAACAACAUUCAGAGAUGGCGGUAUAGGUUGUCAGGAGUGGCCCGGAGAGGCUUGGUCAGAUAACAAUAGUGCCGUGCUGGGCAUGAUGAUGACGGCUCUCAGCAAGCUGGAUCUCUGGCCGAUCCCAGAGCCACAAGACAUCGAAGUCAGCGCGUCCGACCUCUGCUUGAUGCUGCGCCCAUUGCAAAAGGUGAUUUGCUGCCCCCAGGAGAGGCGAAGAGAGACGGAAAUAUUUGUAAACAAUGCAGGCCACUACAACUGCAACUACAAGCCUUACAGCUUUGUGGGUCUGAUGAGACUGGUCGACACCCGGCUACGGCCAGAGCAUACAAAGCACCUGGAGACACAGGCGGGGAAAACAGGGGUGCUCUCUUACCUCUGA